AUGGCCGCACUACCCGCCAGCUCAACCAACCCCGCCCUCGUCCUCCACGCCAUCAACACCCUCACAAUCGAAGACCGACCCAUCCCCCCUCUCCCCUCAGAAAAGCACGUCCUCCUCCAAAUCUCGCACACCGGCAUCUGCGGCUCCGACAUCCACUACUGGCAGCGGGGGCGAAUCGGGCCCUUCACGCUCAGCGGACCCCUAAUCCUCGGGCACGAGUCCAGCGGGACGGUGCAAAGAUGCGGCACACAAGUCCGCACGCUGCAACCCGGUGACCGCGUCGCCAUCGAGCCGGGCGUGCCCUGCCGCCGCUGCGACCACUGCAGAGCCGGCGCGUACAACCUGUGCGCUGAGUGCGUCUUCGCCGCCACCCCGCCGUGCGAUGGCACGCUCGCGAGGUACUAUGUCACGGACGCGGCGUUCUGCUACCGCGUCCCCGCGCACGUGGACAUGGAGGAGGCGGCGCUGGUCGAGCCCGUCGCGGUCGCCGUGCAGGUGUGCAAGACCGCGGGCAGUGUCGCUGGGAAAUCGGUCUGCGUGUUUGGCUGCGGGCCUAUUGGGCUGCUGUGCCAGGCUGUUGCGCGGGCGUUCGGGGCCAGCAGGGUCGUGGGCGUCGACGUUUCGCGCGCGAGGUUGGACUUUGCUAGGGAGUUUGCUGGGAGUGAGGUUUUGGCGCCGCCGCAGCCGGAGAAGGAGGGUCUGGAGCCGGUUGAGAGGUCUGAGAUUGUGGCUGAAAUGAUGAAAGAGGAGUUGAGGCUUGGUGAGGGUGCUGAUGUCGUUCUGGAGUGCACAGGAGCCGAGCCAUGUAUCCAGACCGGUGUUUUCAUAGCGAAGAAAGGAGGGACAUUCGUCCAAGUCGGUAUGGGAAAAGAGAACGUCAUGUUCCCAAUCACAGCUGCUUGUAUAAAAGCACUGAACAUUAAAGGGUCAAUAAGAUACACGACCGGCGUGUACCCCACUGCUAUUGAUCUAGUCGCUUCCGGAAAAGUCCCGGUAAAGCGGCUUGUUACAGACAGGUUUAAGUUUGAAGAAGCCGAGCAAGCAUUCGAGCUCGUGAAAGCAGCAAAAGAGGGGGUAUUCAAGGUCGUAAUCGAGGGCGUGCAAAAUUGA